CCGAUCUCCAGCAGGAUUUGGCGGUGCCGGGCCGAUCUCCAUCAGGAUUUGGCGGUGCCGGGCCGAUCUCCAGCAGGAUUUGGUGGUGCCGGGCGCUCGGUAGCUGGACCUGUCCUGUGGGCAGCAGAGGCCUUUAGUCCGGCUGGUGCAGAUGUAUCCCCUGAAAAGGCAGCCACGGAUCCCAGUGGUGAAAACAAGAAACUCAACAAAUCCCAGCAGCUGAAACAAGUCUUUAAAGAAUAUGGUGCUGUAGGGGUCUCAUUCCAUGUUGGAAUUUCAUUAGUAUCUCUAGGAAUCUUCUACCUGGCUGUGUCAAGUGGUGUGGAUAUGACUGCAGUUCUCUUCAAACUUGGUUUCAGUGAAUCAUCAUUGCAAUCUAAAAUGGCUGCUGGCACAAGCACAUUUGUGCUGGCAUAUGCUGUUCACAAAUUGUUUGCUCCAGUACGAAUCAGCAUUACUAUAGUUUCUGUGCCAUUUAUUGUCCGAUACUGCCGGAAGAUUGGUUUCUUCAAACCUCCUGCUCCAAAUCCAUGA